UGGGUUUCCACCUGGCCGAGCAGGCCUCCUUUGGCUGCUGUUACCUGGCUACUCUCAUCACUAAUUCAGCAGCACCUAGGGUCCCAACUCUCUCUCUGGCCAGCUAGGGCAGCAUACACCAGGACUCACGGAGGACCACCAACCCAGAGCUGAGGCCGAUGCAGAACGGAGAAGAGAUGAGCCCGCUAGCGCAGGACAGCAACAAGGCCGGAGGGCCGGCUUCAGAGGAAGAGGAGAAGAGCCAGACACAUGGGGGUGUGGAGCCCUCAGCUCCGCCGCUGCCCCCCUCAGACCCACCUCCGCCUGGGCCGCCUGAGUACCCAAGGCCCAGGCUCGUCUUCCACACCCAGUUGGCCCAUGGCAGCCCUACAGGCCGCAUCCAUGGCUUCACCAAUGUCAAGGAGUUGUAUGCCAAGAUUGCUGAGGUGUUUCAUAUCUCUCCCUCGGAGAUCCUUUUCUGCACUCUGAACUCCCACAAGGUGGAUAUGCAGAAGCUGUUAGGUGGUCAGAUCGGCCUGGAGGACUUCAUCUUCGCCCACGUCAGGGGCGAGACCAAAGAGGUGGAGGUCACCAAGACGGAGGACGCCCUCGGGCUGACCAUCACUGACAACGGAGCAGGGUACGCUUUCAUUAAGAGGAUAAAGGAAGAUAGCACCAUUGACCAGCUCAAGACUGUAUGCGUGGGCGAUCACAUUGAAGCCAUCAAUGACCAGAGCAUUGUCGGGUGUCGGCACUAUGAAGUAGCUAAGAUGCUAAAGGAGCAACCAAGGGGAACACCCUUCACACUACGUUUGGUGGGGCCCAAGAAAGCCUUUGAUAUGAUCGGCAUGAGGACCAGGGCACCCAAGUCGAGUGAGGGUAAGAUGGUGAAUGGGAAGGAGACCCUGCGUCUGCGCUCCAAGGGGUCAGCUACAGUCCAGGAAGUGCCGAAUGAGUUUGAGGAGAGAGCCACCAAGAAAGUGGAUGAUCUACUGGAGAGCUACAUGGGUAUUCGAGACCUUGACUUAGCGACCACCAUCGUGGAGGCCGGAAAAGACAAGAUGAACCCAGAUGACUUUGCUGAGGCUAUGGAUUCAGUGUUGGGGGACUUUGCCUUCCCAGAUGUCUUCUUGUUUGAUGUGUGGGGUGCCAUUGGAGAUGUGAAGGAUGACAGAAUGUAGAGGUGUCAGUCAGUCAUUACCGUUUUCAUGUCUUUCAAACAUUUCUAUUUUACAAUAGUCAUCUCAAUGGCCGUAUUAGAUGGUUAACGCAGGCCUACUCAGCCAUUCUUCCCCAAACAAUUUUCUAUGUAUUUCAAUUACUUUGGUAUGAAACAAGUUCCUCCCGAAUACGUUAAGUUUAGAAUGACAUUUCAUAAGUGGGUUACGUAAUCUUUGUGGUGGGCAUUGUGUUGUUUGUGUUCUUGGAUACUGCUCAGGGCUCACCAUACUAGAGGGAAAUAUCCAUGUUAUGUCAUUAAUGUGUACAAAACCCAAUCACUGUUGUCCAUGGGCACAUGCAUGUGAACAUACUGUAUAUUUAUACAGACAAUAGAGGAAGUUAUCGGCCAUCCAUCUCUGAAACCAGGAAGUGAGUUAAGAGCUUGUUUGUUCCAGAUACAGAGGGACCAGGAUACGAUCAGAGAUCAAAGAGUUGACCCUUGGGUGGCACCAUUAGUGCGGCGUUUCAUAUUUCACCAGCAUGGUUGAGAAACCACCAUUGCGGCCAUUUUGAAUCAAAGCACUCCCCAUACAUUAGUUAUGCAAUAGUGAACUGAUUGAUUUAGCCUUCUUAACAAAGAAGGCUGGAGUGUUAAAUUGGGUAUUUGGCCAAGACAUCAAGGUGCAUCCUUAUACAAUGUGUAUUUGCAUCGUCAUUUCAAAUACCCAGAGUGAUGAGAGUUCAGUAUAAUGCCUCACUUUGAGAACAGCUCCCCCAUUACACAGUAUCCCCACCAGUGUUGUCAUUCAUUUCAUCCAAAUGGAUGAUUGCCCUGUACAGACUCACCCAGCAACAGGUAACUUAGAAGUCAGUAGUGAUCUUCUUAACAUCUGAGAAAUAACCAUUUUUUUCUUCCAGAAAUGACCCUUGGAAAGAUGUCAAAUUGAUACUGAUAUGCUAGAAUUCCCUAAAGUUGUUCUACGGCCAUACCAAGCAUUACAAUGUCCUCUUAUAGGAAACACAACCCAUAAGUUUCCUACGGUGAAGGAAUUGAGUCAACAUAUUUCAAAUACAAAGGCUACUCUGACUCACAACCAGGAAAUGAGUUGUGCAGACCUUAGAAUACAAGCAUUUUGCUACGAUCGCAAUAACAUCUGCUAACCAUGUGUAUGUGACCAAUAAAAUGUGAUUUAUGAUUUGAAAUGGGAAAAACAUGAUUUCAAGAUGAAUGGUGAAGAAAGUUAGAAAAACAUGUCUGAAACUUCCUGUUUAAUUGCAGAGUAUUUUUUCCAUGAUUCUAUCUUGUUUGCCUGAAAAAGGAGUCUUUGUAUGUUAUCUAUCAUGUACUCACAUAUUUUGUUCUCAAAGGCUUUUCAUUUCAAGUAUUCAUAAUGCAGGAUUUUCUUCAUCAAAUACGACUUUUAUAUUAUGAUUCAGUGUUGUUUUAGAAACAGAAUGUAAAUAAGAGUUAUUUGAAUUGUCAAAUAUGUGUGAAAAGUUCAGAGAUAAAUACGUUUUGAAUCCUAAACGUAUAAAGACAAAUGACAUGUAAUCUUGACUUGACCAGAAGAUCAGCAUAAUGUUGUGUGGUAGACUUUAUGCUGAUGUGUAUUGAUAUAUCACUCUAUGGAGACCUGAACAUAUAAGGCAUAUUUCAUGUGUGUUGUUUCAAUUAGUAAUAAAAAUGUUAUAACUCA